UCUAUGAACAGAACACUCUCAUUUUUGGAUUUGAGCAAAGUCUCCGCGUAGACUUCAUCUCUCUCUCUGGCCACAGGAUCUCCCAACCCACCACAACCCCUAAACUCCUCAGGUUGUUUCAACUUCUUGCUCCUUCUAUGACUUAUACCUCUUUUUGAGACUAUAUCAUUUGAUUAAUCAUUUGUGAGCGUGUUCCAUGGAGGAAAGCAAAGAGAAAGAGAAAGGAAUAUGCCAAGAACUGCCUUCAAGAGAUGAUGAUGUGAUAAGCAGCUUACCAGACUCUUUGAUAUCUCACAUGCUCUCCUGUCUUCCGACAAAAGAAGCUGUCAGAACUAGUGUUCUGUCCACUAGGUGGAAAAGUCUCUGGCUCUCGGUUCCCAGCUUGCGUUUAGCCUCUCACGACUUCCCUGAUUACAAUUCCUUUGUAAGUUUCGUCGACAAGUCCAUAGAUCUGUAUAGAGAAGAAAACUCAUGCUUGCACAAGCUCGAGCUCGUUAUACGUAAAGAAAACGACAAUGAUCAGAGCUGUGUCACACGUUGGAUAGAUUUUGUAUCUACCCGUAAAGUUAACCAUCUUGACCUCGAGUGUAUUCUUGUGAAGCGUGAGUUCUUGGAAGCGGUGCCGUUAAGCCUCUAUCUCUGCGAGAGUCUCCUUUACUUGAGACUCCAUCGAGUAUCGCUGUCCGGUUCCGAGUCUGUCUCCUUGCCUCGUCUCAAGACUAUGUGUUUAGAACAAAACGUAUAUGCAGAUGAAGCGUUUCUUGAGUCCUUUAUCUCUUCUUGCCCUGUUCUUGAAGAUCUGAGCAUCGUUAGAAGGGAUGAUGAUAAUGUAAAGGUUCUACGAGUUCAUUCUCAGACACUAACCAGUCUUACUCUAGGAUUCGAACCUGGUGACGGCCACAUGCUGUUUCACUAUUUUGAUAGAGAGAUCUUGGGGCUUUUCAUUGAUUCACCUAGACUCAAGCAUCUGAACUUCAACGAUGAUGUAUCCAAGUGUCACAUUCUAAGCAAUUUUAUCAUGAGUCCAUCGGUUAAGGUUAAUCUUGGCGGCGUUCGUUACAUGUCGUAUUAUUCUGAUGGAGUUGCCUUCUCAAAUCAACACGUCGCUCGCAGUUUCUUCACACGUGUCUCGAGAGUUAAGGAUUUGGUCAUAUCUGAGACUAUUAUGAAGUUAAUCGAUUUCUGCAUGAAAGUUGAACCGUUGCCUCAGUUCCGCGACCUGUCUUGUUUGGAAGCAAAAGUUUGUUUAGUAGACGUGGAACUGCUGCCAAAACUUCUUGAAAGUUUCCCGAAUCUAAACUCUAUCGUCCUGGACUUGACUCGUCCUACGAUCAUUACAGAACAAAUAACAGUCUGGGACGUGCCUCAGUGUUUGUUGUUAUCUCUUGAGUUUGUAGAGAUAAAAUGUUGUUGCAAGGCAGAGGUUGUUGGAAUGAAACUAGCAGAGUACUUUGCAGAAAACUCUGUGUUCCUCAAGAAACUUGUUCUGCGUUGGAGAGGUUAUGUGCUAGACGAAGAUUCCGUCUUAAGGGACCUCCUUGCGUUGUCGUGGCGAUCUACCACGUGUCAAAUCGAAGUUUGUGGACCACUAAACAAGACUUGUAGAUGAUCUUUUGAAUUCUGUUAUGAUUUUACAAACUGUUUUUAUGUAAUAACAAGUGACUAAAAACUUGGAAGAUACAAAAAAAAAAUACUGUUUACU